AUGGUCAAAGUUUCAAACCAAAAUCAAUACAUUUUCUUCAACAACUCUCACACAACUGCCAAACCUUCUUCAAUGGAAAAGGAAAAACAAGUUCAUGCAAAACAACCCCAUGAAAGGCGUGCCACAGAGGAGGUGAAGUUAGCCGCCACCGCGAUCAGCCUCAACGUGCGGUUGAGAUCGUCGGACAUGCCGGUUUGCAUGCAACAACGUGCUCUGCAUUUCGUCAGAUCGCUCGUUGAUUCAGCCCCCAAAAAUUCGCGCCCCAAUCCCACCCACCUGGCUCGUGCCCUCAAAAAGGAGUUUGAUUUAGCGUACGGGCCGGCCUGGCAUUGCGUGGUGGGGAAGAGUUUUGGGUCGUUUGUGACUCAUUCGCCCGGUGGGUUUAUGUACUUCUCGCUUGACUCGCUCUGUGUUCUCCUCUUCAAAACAGAAGUUCAGCUUAUCAAAGAAACUUAA